UUAAAGUAAAGCAAAAUCCGAAAACAAAAAAGAAAACAAAAAACGCCCCCCUUCCUUCUCCAAUCCAAAAUUUCCCGAGAAAAUUUCACCUUUUCUGUCAAUCCCCAACCCUCAAAAACCUCCCAAAUGCCAAAUUCCAUCAAAUAACCCUAAACAAUCAAACACCCAAAUCCCUUUCCCUUCAUAAAUCCCAAAUGUCAGGUCCAUCACUCAUGGAUUCCUUAUUUCAACGCACUUUAGAAGACCUAAUCAAAGGUCUAAGACAACAACUGAUCGGCGAACAAGCUUUCAUUUCCAAAGCCCUUGAAGAAAUCCGCAAAGAAAUCAAAUCUACUGACCUCUCUACCAAAUCCACAGCUCUUCUCAAACUAUGUUACCUCUCCAAUCUUCACUUCCACGACAUGUCUUUCGCUGCUUUCCAUGCCUUAGAAGUCCUUUCCUCCCCUCGUUUUUCCCAUAAAAAGAUAGCUUACCAUGCAAUCUCACUUUCAUUCCAUGAUUCAACCCCUGUUCUUCUCCUUAUAACGAAUCAUUUGCGCAAAGAUCUCACCAGUACUAAUGAGUUUGAAGUAAGUUUAUCUCUUCAAUGCUUGUCUAGAAUCGCUAAUGUUGAUUUGGCUAGAGAUUUGACCCCUGAAGUUUUCACUUUGUUGUCUAGUAAUAAGCUUUAUGUUCGUAAAAGGGCUGUGGCUGUUGUUUUAAGGGUUUUUGAGAAAUACCCAGAUUCUGUUAGGGUUUGUUUUAAACGUUUAGUUGAGAAUUUAGAGAAUUACGAUCCUCAGAUUUUGUCUGCUGUUGUUGGGGUGUUUUCUGAACUUGCUUGUAAAGAUCCCAGAUCGUAUCUUCCUUUAGCACCUGAGUUUUAUAAGAUUUUAGUUGAUUCGAAAAGCAAUUGGAUCUCGAUUAAGGUUUUGAAGAUUUUCGCUAAAUUAGCUCCUCUUGAACCGAGGUUAUCAAAUCGGGUGGUUGAACCGAUUUGUGAUCUUAUGAGGAAAACCGGGGCGAAGUCGUUAUUGUUUGAGUGUGUUAGGACUGUGGUUACUAGUUUUAGUGAGUAUGAAUCUGCUGUGAGGCUUGCGGUUGGGAAGAUUCGGGAGUUUUUGGUGGAUGAGGAUCCAAAUCUUAAGUAUCUCGGAUUGCAUGCACUUUCGAUUGUAGCCUCAAAGCAUUUAUGGGUGGUUUCGGAGAAUAAGGAAGUUGUAAUCAAGUCAUUGAGUGAUCCGGAUCCUAAUAUAAAGAUUGAGUCGUUGCGUCUUGUGAUGGCAAUGGUAUCUGAACAUAAUGUGGCUGAAAUUUCAAAGGUUUUGGUCAAUUAUGCACUUAAAUCGGAUCCCCUGUUUUGUAAUGAGAUACUUGGUUCUAUUCUAUCAACUUGUUCUAGGAAUGUUUAUGAGAUUAUUGUUGACUUUGAUUGGUAUGUAUCACUUCUUGGUGAGAUGUCAAGAAUCCCGCAUUGUCAGAUGGGAGAAGAAAUUGAAAACCAGUUAAUUGAUAUUGGUUUGAGGGUCAAGGAUGUUAGGCUGGAACUUGUUCGUGUUGCUCGUGAUUUGCUGAUUGAUCCUGCUUUACUCGGAAACUCUUUCUUGCAUAGGGUAUUAUCUGCUGCUGCUUGGGUAUCCGGAGAAUAUGUUGAGUUCUCAAGGAAUCCGUUAGAACUUAUGGAAGCAUUAUUACAGCCUCGUACUAGUUUGUUGCCACCGUCUAUAAUGGCAAUUUACAUUCAGUCUGCGUUUAAAGUGUUAGUUUUUUGCCUACAUACUUGCUUUGUGCGAGGGGGAAGUACCGCUGGAGUUUCGGCAUCUGCGUCGUAUGAAUCGUUUGAUGAUCUGUCCAUUGAAAAUGGCGCGGGUUCAACUGUUGCACAUGGUCAGACAUGUACAUCAGCUCCUAUCACCAAUGAAUCCAUUGUUAACCUAUUGAAACUGGUUGAAUUAGCUUUGAGCCCUCUAUUAGGAAGCCAUGAUGUGGAAGUACAAGAGAGAGCACGGAAUUUGCUUGGCUUUGUUGAUUUGAUAAAAUUAGAAGCACUGAAUUCUUUGGGACAAGAGGAAAAUGAUUCGGAACAGAAAGGAGUGGAAGCUACCAAAAUCAUCAGACUGGUGCACGAUGCCUUUUCCAAGGAGCUCGGUCCUGUCUCUUUAAGUGCCCAAGGUAAAGUUCCUGUACCAGAUGGGUUAACGCUUAACGAGAACCUUGGUGAUUUGGAAACAAUAUGCAGUGAUAUUGAACUACCUUCAUCGAACACAUUUUCUUUUGGAUAUCCUUCUGAGGAGAAGGAUGUGUCGUCUUUCUCCAACCUUCAGAUUAAAGAAGACUCGGGACAAUCAAAUGAGUCCACUUCUUUGUUAGCGGAGCACCGUAAGCGCCAUGGGUUGUAUUACCUUCCUUCGGGGAAAAAUGAAGUAAUUUCAAAUGACUAUCCACCUGCCAAUGACCCCGCAUUACAGGGUGAUAACAAUGAUACUGCCAGUGAUCUUGUUAAACUCACGGCAGAAUCACUUGUUCCGAAGAGAAAACCAAACCAUAGCAAGCCUAGGCCUGUGGUAGUGAAAUUGGAUGAAGCGGAUGAGAAACCUGUUGCAGUAAAGCAUCCCGAGUCUAGAGAUGAUUCACUCUCGGGUGCUGUUCGUGACAUUCUUUUCGGUAGUGAAGAUAUUCUACCCACUUCAUCUCGAAGCAACCUUCCUAGUAGCAAUAGAAAAGGGAAGGAAAAACAACACAUGAUUACUCAAGUUGAAUCAAAAGAAAAUGUAGUUGGUGAUGGAAAUUCUAGUUCGAGAAGGAGAAAAGAUCAUAGCCAUGGUAAAGAGAGAAGACAUAGGAAGAAAAAUGCUGAGGAAAGAAAUGAGACCGAUCGGAAAGAAAAAGAGAGUAGUAGUAAUCACCCCAGAAGGCAUAAAUCUCGACAAAGAGCCGAGGAGCCUUUAAAAGUUCCUCCACAAACAUCGGUGAUUCCUGAUUUCCUUUUAUAGCAUUAAACUUUUUUUCUUUAUCCGCCCAUUGGGAACUGCUUGAGAGAAAUUGGCUAAUGAUAUAUCCCCUGUGUUCUGCCUUCUUGCGCUCUUUGGGUCAGUUCUUCUGUAAAUUUAUACUUUGUUUUUUUGUUUUUAUAUUUGGGGUUUAUGGUUUAUUGAAAAUUUGAACACUGGGAUUGUUUAUGUUACUCAUUUGGAAAUUCAAUUUUGAAACAUUCUGGCCCCUUGAUACUUAAAAA